GCGUUGCUUGCUGCACAAACCGAAGAUGGUGGUCCUGGACGACGCCACCAGCGCUCUCACGGCCGCGGAGGAGGGCGCCCUCUACGCACGCCUGGUCGACUUCAACAUGUCCUUCAUCUCGGUCCUCUCGCUCCGCGAGUCCGCGCUGAAGUACCACGAGAAGGUGCUCCAGCUCGGCGACAGCCCCGCCGACUGGAAGCUGACCAGCAGCAAGUCCUACCUGUCACAGCUCUCCGAGUGCACUGCCGCACCCCGCGCGGCCGCCGAGCACCGCUUCCAGGGCGCCCCGGCGGCCCCCGCGGCGGCGCCGGCCGCCUCUGAGCCCCGCGCGCCCCGCCGCGCGCUCACGCUGGUCGUCCGGGACACGCAGGGGCGCGACACGAACUUCAAGGUGUACUCCAACUCGCCCCUGCAGCGCCUGAUGGAAUUCUACUGUGCCGAGAGGAGCAUGGAUUCGUCGCAGGUGAUGUUCAACGCAACGGGUAAGACGCUGGAGAAGACGGCCACCCCCGAGGAGCUGGGCCUGGAGGAGAUGAGCAUCAUCCGCGCGAUCCCCCUCGCGGCGUGA